CCCCCCCCCCCCCCCACCCCCCCCCUUCCGCCGCCUCACCCCGCCGACGAGCUCACUGCCGUAGCCGCAGCCGCCAACGAGUCCACCAUCUAAAAUCGUUACAGCGCGAGCGAGCCGCUUCUUCAUCUUCUUCUUCUCCGGCUGCGGCGACAGCAACUGGUUGCUCCGCCACGCAGUCCCCGUGAGGCGACGGGAGAGAUGAGGGAGGUCGUGACGGUGCAGGUCGGCGGCUUCGCCAACUUCGUCGGCUCCCACUUCUGGAACUUCCAGGAUGAGCUCCUCGGGCUCGCCGACGACCCCGCCGCAGACGCCGCCUUCAGGACCGCGCCGCUCGACAUGGACGUCCUGUACCGCACCGGCGAGACGCUCCAGGGCGUCUCCACCUACUGCCCCCGUUUGGUAUCUGUUGGUUCUCGAGGGUCUCUUGGUUCUUUAAGUUCCUCCGGUGCUCCGAGCCUGAGUAGCGCUGCCUCCGAUCAGCUCAAUGUCACUACAUGGUCUGGAAAUGUAACAAGAUCGGUAGAAAAGCCUCAUGGGCGGAACUUGUUUCUGCAAAGCUUAACUGAACAAGAGCCGAACCCAAGCACUAGCAAUGGUGGGAACAACUCUCAGAAAAGUGUGGAAGAUAAGGACUUAGUUGAAUGCUUAGAGAAGGAUGUCAACUUUUGGACUGAUUAUACGAAGGUUCAGUAUCACCCUCAAAGCUUGUAUGAAAUGUAUGGGUCAUGGACAGACUUUGACAAGUUUGACAACUUUGGAACUGCAAGGGAGGUAGUUUCAGAAUGGUCUCUAAUGGAGGAGAUGAAUGAGAAGCUAAGGUUCUUUGUUGAAGAAUGUGAUCACAUUCAGGGUAUCCAGUUUAUUGUGGACGAUUCGGGAGGGUUUUCCAGCAUAGCUGCAACUUAUUUGGAAAACAUUGCUGAUGACUACACAAACACACCUGUAUUGCUUUAUUGUGUGAGGGAUCCAGUUACUCAUGGAUCAUCCAGAAAUCAAAGGGAUACCAUUACAAGAUCUUUGCAUGACGCUGUUUCACUUUCAAAGCUUUCAUCCUUUUGCAGUUUGAUGGUUCCAAUAGGACUGCCUUCUCUCAGUCAAAGUUCUCUGUCACCCUUCCUUUCUAUACAAGAUGCAAAACCAUUCCACUCCAGUGCAAUUUCUGCAGCAGCGAUACAUUCAGUAACUGUACCGUUUAGACUACAAAACGCUGGGCCGGCUUCAAACAUAGCACAUUCAUCUGGUAAUAUUGAUAUGCGCGAACUUGUGCACAUAAUAUCUGAUCAGGGUAGGCAGAACAUGGUUACUGCUCUGGACGUAGCAAUGCCUGCCCCUUCUUUGAAAGAUGGAAAUGAUCUGUGGAACAUGAAAAGCCUGCGCACACUGACCCCUGAAAUCAGUGACGAAGAAGAAGACCCAUACUCUGUUGAAUCAUUGGUGGUUCAUGGAGUUCUGCGUGCAGGUGGGCAUAGGGCAUCAAUAUCACAAGUGAAGGACUCCGUGUACUCAGCUUAUGAAGGCAGAGCUACAAAACCAAAGUUCUCCCAUCUGUCAGUAUCACCCUGCCCGCUCCCCAUACCCCUGCCGUUCCCGUCGAUCUUCAGGAGCCACAUCGGCCAGCACGGCGAGAUCCUCAGUAACCACGCAGAGGGAACCCAGCCAAAGGGUUCACUCGAUGUCGAGUCGAUACCGAUGGCUGCACGCCUAAGGUCGAGCAACGCGGUCCUGCCCUUCAUAGAGAGGCGCUCGCUGAGCCUCCAGAAGUUCGGCGUUGCCCGGGGCUCUCUGGGGACCCAGAUACUCCGCGACUGGGGCUUCGGGAGGGAGGAGAUGGAGGACAUGAGCGAGCACCUGUCCAAGAUGGUCCGCGCGUUUCACCCCGAGGGCGGACUAACAUCGGAUUCUGACUAAAACCUGACUCGGUUUCUUCUGUGUGCGCGACAUAUACAUACUGUAGAGCUGCUGUAGGAUGUUUUGUGUGGGCUAAAACUCUUGUGAUACGUGUGGAAUAUUCUCACGCAUGUAGUACCUGCUUUGCAAUUGAACUGGAGAUGCGAUCUGGCGUGCGA